AGUGACAGAAUUGUUAACUAAGAUUAAAAGAUAACACCAUGUGUAAAUAAAAACAUUGUUGCCCUUUUAUUGUUCCCCCAAAUCAACGUGGGAUCUAAGAACCCUAAAAGCAAAAUUUUCUCAAAUCCUGAAUGGGUUCUUUGAUUAGCUCAACUUCUUUGGUUAGGGGUUUGGCUUGUUGAUCCGUUUUAUAUGUUGGGUAAUACUGCUGCUGAUUACUUUUGUUGUUCGUUGGAGAAGCUUUCUAAGCUUUUGAAGUUACCUCCAACUGUUGUUGGUGUUACUUUGCUUCCACUUGGUAACCGCGCGCCUGAUGUGUUUGCGAGUAUAGCUGCUUUUGUUGGUUCGAACAAAGGAGAAGUGGGUCUUAAUAACGUCUUGGGUGGUGCCGUAUUUGUAACUUUUGUUGUUGUUGGGAUUGUUUCGCUUUGUGUUGCGGACAAAGAAGUUAAGAUCGAUAAAAAAUGUUUCAUUAGAGACUUGAGUUUCUUCCUUUUCACAUUGGUUGUUUUGAUGGUGAUUUUGAUGGUUGGUAAGGUGACAAUGGAUAUCGCUUUGAGCUAUGUAGUGCAAUUUCUGUGAUAAGAGUCUUUCAGGACAAAGAGGCAUUCAAAUUGAAUAUAAACACCAAAUCCUGCUGAAAUGGAA